GACAGCUAUUUGCGGGCCGCCACGCCUAAAUAGCUAAAAUAAUCGAUAGAUUCAUUCAUCUUCCUUUGCAAUCCUCGAAGGUCUACUAUGCAUAUAUCCAUCCAUACAUGCAGGAGGGAGGGAGAAUGUUAGCUAGACGCCAGCAGUACAUCAUGCCGUAUAAACAUUUAAUCCCGAAGCCAAUGAAUAAGACACUGCUUCUUGUCACAAAAGCCGGUGAACGAAUGUUUUAUACUGACUUCGUUGCCGUAAUGGUUUUAUGCAGAUAGCGAAGUGAUCCUAUUUUGUCGUUUAUCACAUUUAUUCACCAUAUCAUCGAAUAAAUGCGUUCCUCGACUUUUUGAUUAACUGCGCCUUUUCCACGAUCUUCCGCGGAUGGGAAAUACAGGCAUCCAAUAAACACCCAGGCUCUAAGCUGCCGCGCACAAUAACACCCCUUCAUCGUGCAGCGCCACGGCACAUGCGUGUGCCGCCUUUCCUUAAGAAAGCAGUAUUCCACUUGGUUACAUUCCACUGAUUUCCAGCAGCAUGCAGCAAUAUCCCAGUGCGCACCAUCACCUCGAAUGUUGCUCACACUAUACUGUACACGUCUUACUACGGACACAACGUAACUUGCCGUUGCACACGUUGUCGUGAUGUCCCUCCAAUGAGGAUAUAUAUCGCUAAAACGAGGAUGGCGUGUGUGAUUCGUUUGCCGACCAAAGGUACCCCUGUACGUCGUAUCCCAUGACGUCGCCGACGCGGCCCGCACCGCAAGCGGUCAAUCCGCCCUUGAAGCGCGUAGUGCAUCCGUCCCAGCGGUCCAUACUGCGGCUGGUGUGGCAGGAACUGUUGGGAUUGUUUUUUGGCUUUGUCCUCCUCGUUCCCACGCUGCUGCUGCUGGUGAUCCUGCUGCUGUCACUGUUUGCCGGAUGGUGCCUUGAUGUUUUUAUAGCGGCUUUUCUGCGUGAUGCCUAUCCGGGAUUCAAACGAUUAUCGCCGCUUGACGCUAUAUGGCUAGAUCAAACUGAUCCCAAAGCAUCACCAGUGAGCGUCGCGCUAUUAACAGUGCAGCAUGGACUGUCCUUCCAGGAAAUUAAAAACUUAAUUAUGGAUCGCGUGAUUCUGGCCAAGGAUGAUAAUGACAACGUCAUGUAUCCACGUUUCAUGCAGAAGAUCAUUAAGAUCGCCGGUGUCAAUGCCUGGGUGUUUGACGAUUUCGAUGCCGGCAAGCACAUUGUGCCCAUUCCGGACGAGGUGUCGUCGUAUGAACUGCUGCGGCCCUACAUGACCGAGUUAUCCCGCACCGCCUUGCCGCUUAACCGACCACUAUGGAUGCUGCAUGUUAAGGCCGAUUUCGACACGUCGGAGGGCGAUACGGUGUUAUUAUUUCAUUAUCAUCAGUCGCUAACGGAUGGGAUCUCCUUGGUGAAGAUCCUGUGUCGAUCGAUUACCGACAAAACGCAGGAUGUUUACCAUAUCAAAAGCCGAUUUGGCGGCUUGAAUUUCACAAUAAACACCAUCCGCUCGGUCGUCAUGGCCAGUAUAUUCUUCUUUAACAAAAUGAUCUUUCGACCGCGUGCCGACUGGAAUAAAGUGCAUAAUCCCUUCUACGGCAUCGGCGGAACGGUUGGCAGUCAGAAUAAAGUGGCAGUGGCGGCGCCGAAAAAAGCGGAAAUGUUCUGGUCAACACCAUUGUCGCUGGAUGUGAUCGACAGGAUAUCGCUGGUAACGCGCAACGCUCUGCACAAUGUUCUAUUAUCUUGCCUCAGUGGAGCUAUUCGAUCGUCGCUUGUGGCCGAUGGAGUCCAUCGGGUUACUGCCAUUCACGCUUCGAUACCGGUGGAUUUACGCAGACCGUUAGCGUCAGUGACGAACGCCAUCGAUAUGGGCAAUCAAUUUGUCUUGCUCAACCUAAAAUUACCAACAGGAACAAUUGGAUCUAUUCCUCGAUUAUGGAAGAUUCGCCAAGAAGAAGAUCAGAUGAAAAACACUAGCAAUACUACCUCCAUGUACUGGAUCAUCCAGAUUUUUGGCCAUAUAUUUCCCAUUGCGUUUGUGCGGAGUCUUGUGGCGCGUUCGGUCAUCUCUUGCUGUACCAUAGCUAAUAUACCAGGACCCGAUGCUCAAUUGUUUUUAGAGCAAAAACCUAUUAAAUCAUUAUUUUUUUGGCCUCCAUCCAUGACCUCUCGGAAUUUGUUGUCGGUGACAUUUUUUACAUAUGCGGAAAAAUUGUACAUGGCUAUCGCCGCUGAUCCUGAUGUAUGUGAUGCCAAAAUUCUUGCCACAGAAUUCUCUCGUCAGAUAAAAGAAUUAUCUGAACUAUUAGCCAACAGACGUGCUCCAGGAGAAAUUAAACGGCGCCAUUCGGAAAGCCGCGAGCCUCCUCAAGUGCUGCGAACCAGAAUUCUCGAAGUGCAACGUGCGCUUCUCGAAGCACAGCUAGCGAUAUCCACCGCAUCCGUCCAAGACAAAGCCAAGAGCGAUGAGCUCAUUGACCAAACCAACAGAGUGGAAGCGCUGAAGGAGGAGCUCAUGGAAAUGAUCUCGAUGGCCCGCCGAAGGAAGAGCGUUGUUCAGGGCGUCUCCAUGGAUUUUGAAGAAGAUGAAGAUAUGCUCAACGAGAUCCGCUCAGGCAUGACAUCGCCGCGCAGACGAGCCAGCUCAGUCAGUUCGGUCGAAAGUGUCCGCGUGUUCGCCGUGACCCCCACUCGUCUUUCGGGAGAUGCCCGUGAAUCCAUCGCCACAAGCGUGUCGCGUUCCAGAACAUACAGCAAUAUGUCCGAAACCACAUCGUCCCGAGCGCCAACCAAGAAAGUCUCUCAUACGGUGAUUUAUGUUUCGCCCGACAGUGAAUCAAACGACUCAGCUCAAAUCCCGUGAAAAGCCAUAUUCAGUAUUUUCUGUACUAUAAAAUUUUAAAAAAAUGGAAUGUUUAUCGACUCACAUUAAACAUGUUGUACACUUUCAGUAUUUUGUAUUAAAAACACCAAUCAAGUUAUAACAAAAAUUAGUCAGAAAGAUCACAAAACUGGUUAGCCACCGGCACUAGCACUGGACGUCGAAAUCAAAGCCCCUCACGCUCAGCUAAGCAAUUCCACAAUAACGACAAUUCCCAGGUCUUCCCGUUCUCCUUCUCUUCAUUUCCGUGCAACAUCGUAAUUCUUCACAAACCAAUCGCAACUUUCCUUUA